CUUUCACAGUCAUCCUCCUCUGCCCAUCCCGUUUCCCCCAUCCACUGUUCGCCUCGCCUUCCGUCAAUGCUCGCUCUCUCCAGCAAGCCUUUAGCCCCGCCUCCCUCACUCGCACCGCAGACCCCCCCUCUCGCCUCCACAACCGCACAUCGCGUCUCCUUCCGCCGAUUAUUCGUCGCACUUCCGCCAUCCACGUGUCACCGUCGAGCAGCGCCUCUCAUGGCAGCCACAGCGCCGUCGGCGGUGCCGGCUAUCCGUCUGUCGAGCGGCUACGACAUGCCGGUGGUGGGGAUGGGCGUGUGGCGCGCGGACAAGGGCCGGCUCGGCGCGCUUAUCAAGGAGGCCGUGCGGCUCGGAUACCGCCACUUCGACUGCGCUGCGGACUACGGCAACGAGGCGGAGGUGGGGGAGGCGCUAUCUGCGGUGCUGGCGGAGGGGGCGGUGAGGCGCGAGGAGCUGUUCGUGACAAGCAAGCUGUGGAACAGCGACCACGCGCACGUGCGGGCGGCGUGCGAGCAGUCGAUUAAAGACCUCCGCGUGGGGUACCUGGACCUGUACCUCGUGCACUUCCCCAUCGCCACCAAACACACCGGCAUUGGCAGCACGAGCAGUGCGAUGGCGGCAGAUGGCAUGCUGGACAUGGACAUCUCAGUGCCGCUGCACACCGUGUGGUCGCACAUGGAGGCGCUCGUGGCCGAUGGGCUCGUGCGCUCCAUCGGCAUCAGCAACUACGACGUCUACCUUACCCGUGACUGCCUGGCGUACGCCAGCCGCGUGAAGCCAGCAGUGAACCAGGUGGAGACGCACCCCUACUUCCAGCGCCCCUCGCUGCUCCAGUUCUGCUCCAAGUUCGGCGUGACGGUGACGGCCCACACGCCCCUGGGAGGGGGGGCUGCCAACGAGGAGCUUUUCCACUCCAAGUCCCCCCUCUCCGACCCCCUUGUGCUGGAGCUGGCUGAGAAGCACAAGAAGACAGCGGCACAGGUGGUGCUGCGGUGGGGCACGCAACGCAACACGGUGGUCAUUCCCAAGUCCAAUCGCGAGGACCGCCUCGCCGAGAACAUUGCGAUAUUUGACUUCGAGCUGGACGCUGAUGAUAUGAAGAGGAUGGAGGCCCUUGAUGCCAAGGCUAGGAGCAACAACCCGGCUUCGUUUUGGGGCAUUGAUCUGUAUGCAUAAUUGAUUUGUAAUGAAGUCAUACCGUAUAUAUUCGCAUGCUCGACGAUUUAGCAUCUAACCAAUGAUUGCCCUAUCAACUGGUCUUUCCAGUUCCUUCAGCUUUCCCCUUCAAGCAACAGGGUGGGCAUUCCCCCUCAACCCGUUCGUAGUAGUCCAUCGAGUCAGAAUGGAGACUCUCACAGCCUCUGCGCUGCGCGUCCCCGCGCUCUCCCCGGCGCCAUCGCAUGAGAUCAGCUCGCGCGCGUUCCUUGCUGGUCACCCUGUCGCCGCCCCCGUCGUUCGCUCUCGCAUCGCCGCUAAAGCCGCCGCAUUGCGCGGGCUGAGCGUGCGCGCGGAGAGCGGCGCGACGGAGACGGAGGGGUCUGCGACGGGUGCGGCGGGCGAGGGCAAGGCGCUGAACCGAUGGAGCUCGCGCAUCACCCAGCCCAAGUCGCAGGGCGCGUCGCAGGCGAUGCUGUACGGCGUGGGGCUCACCGAGGCCGACAUGCACAAGGCGCAGAUCGGCAUCUCGUCGGUGUGGUACGAGGGCAACACGUGCAACAUGCACCUGCUGCAGCUGGCGGAGGCGGUGAAGGAGGGCGUGACCGAGGCGGGGCUGGUGGGGUUCCGGUUCAACACGAUCGGCGUGAGCGACGGCAUCUCCAUGGGCACGGACGGCAUGAGCUACAGCCUGCAGUCCAGGGACCUCAUCGCCGACAGCAUCGAGACCGUCAUGGCCGCGCAGUGGUACGACGCCAACAUCUCCAUCCCCGGCUGCGAUAAAAACAUGCCCGGCACGGUGAUGGCCAUGGCGAGGCUCAACCGACCAGCUAUCAUGAUCUAUGGCGGCACCAUCAAGCCGGGGCAUUUCGAGGGAGCCACUCUCGACAUCGUCAACGCCUUCCAGAGCUACGGCGAGUACGUGGCGGGGCGCAUAACGGAGGAGCAGCGGCAGCAGGUGGUGCGGUACUCGUGUCCGGGGCAGGGCGCGUGCGGCGGCAUGUACACCGCCAACACCAUGGCGUCCGCCAUCGAGGCGCUGGGGCUCACGCUGCCCUACAGUUCGUCCAUCCCGGCGGAGGAUCCGCUGAAGAUGGACGAGUGCCGGCUGGCGGGCAAGGCCAUCCGCCACCUGCUGGAGCUGGACCUGAGGCCGCGGGACAUCAUCACACGCAAGGCGCUGGAGAACGCCAUCACCACCGUCAUCGCCCUGGGGGGCUCCACCAACGCCGUGCUGCACCUCAUCGCCAUCGCCAGGGCGGUGGAUGUGACUCUGACCCUCGACGACUUCCAGGUCAUCAGCGACCGCGUGCCGUUCAUCGCUGACCUCAAGCCCAGCGGCAAAUACGUCAUGGAGGACGUGCACAAGAUCGGCGGUACGCCAGCGGUGCUCAAGUACCUGCUGGAGAAGGGGCUGCUGCACGGCGACUGCAUGACCGUGACGGGGAAGACCCUCGCAGAGAACCUCGCCUCCGUGCCGCCCCUCUCCCCCACCCAGGAUGUCAUUCGCCCAGUAGAAGAGCCCAUCAAGCAGACCGGCCACUUGCAGAUUCUGUACGGCAAUCUGGCACCUGAGGGGUCGGUGGCUAAGAUCACGGGCAAGGAGGGGCUCUACUUCCAAGUCACACUGUCAGCCUCCCAUUCAC